GAAGAAGAAGAAGACGUUGCAUUUGGGGAUGCUUUGGGUAAAGUAAAGAUGGCGGAAUUGUCGCGGACUCAACUGUCAGAAGAGAAGGAAACAAAAACUGAGCUCACGAAAAGACAGAGGCGACCGUGGGAGGAUCUGCACAAGUCGGGUAAAAUCGGCAUAACACCAGAACUCCCGGAAACGUUGGGGUUUUACGACAUUAUCGCCGCCAGGAGGGAGCAACCGGAGCAUUCAGCAGAUCCAUCGCUGGCACGCUUCAUUUGCACGGAGCUGACCAGAGGUUAUUUCCUGGAACACAAUGAGGCAAAGUACACGGAGCGCAGACAGAGAGUUUACACAUGUAUGCGAAUUCCCAAGGAGCUGGAGAAGCUAAUGAUCUUUGGCUUCUUCCUGUGUGUGGACGCCUUCCUGUAUGUCUUCACCCUGCUGCCCCUCAGGGUGCUGCUGGCUCUGCUCCGCCUCCUCACGUUGCCAUGCUGUGGCUUCAGGGCACGCACAUGCCCCUACUGCAGAAGAAGCAGUGGGUCACGGCUGCUGCAGCCAGCACAGGUGUGUGAUAUGUUGAAGGGCCUGAUCCUGAUGUUGUGCUUCUCCAUGAUGCAUUACGUCGAUUACUCCAUGAUGUACCAUCUGAUCAGAGGACAGUCUGUCAUCAAACUCUACAUCAUUUACAACAUGUUGGAGGUGGCCGACCGCCUCUUCUCAUCCUUUGGUCAAGACAUUCUGGAUGCGCUCUACUGGACAGCCACAGAACCCAAAGAACGGAAAAGAGACAGUAUAGGAGUCAUCCCUCACUUCUUCAUGGCUGUUUUGUAUGUUUUCCUCCAUGCCAUCCUCAUCAUGGUUCAAGCCUCCACCCUUAAUGUGGCCUUCAACUCUCACAACAAGUCCCUGCUCACCAUCAUGAUGUCCAACAAUUUUGUGGAGAUCAAAGGAAGUGUGUUCAAGAAAUUUGAGAAAAACAACCUGUUCCAAAUGUCCAACAGUGAUAUCAAAGAGCGUUUCACCAGCUACGUCCUCCUGCUCAUCGUCUGUCUCAGGAACAUGGAGCAGUUUGCAUGGAACCCAGACCACCUGUGGGUGCUGCUCCCUGAUGUCUUAAUGGUCGUCACCUCUGAAGUUGCUGUUGACAUCAUUAAACACGCGUUCAUCACCAAGUUCAAUGACAUCACUGCAGAUGUGUACAGUGAAUACAGAGCCAGUCUGGCCUUCGAUCUCGUCAGCAGUCGACAGAAAAAUGCUUAUACUGACUACAGUGACUCAGUGGCACGGAGGAUGGGCUUCAUCCCUCUGCCUUUGGCUGUUCUGCUUAUCCGAGUGGUAAUGAGUUCAGUGAAGGUGCAGGGAGCUCUUUCGUAUACCUGUGUGUUCCUCUUUUACCUUGGUCUCGUGACACUCAAAGUAUUGAAUAGCAUCGUUCUGCUGGGGAAGUCGUGCAUUUAUGUCAAGAGGGCCAACAUGGAGGGCAAACUGUUCGAGAGGUCUUCGACCACUGUAUCCUCCUCUGCAAAGAGCCCCAGCAAAGCAGACCAGACCAGAUGUUCCACACCUUCAGGUGAAGCCAAGGUGGAGCAGAUCCCUGCCACACCCUGCAGCCCACCAUCAUCUGUGACUUCCCAGCCGACUCCCAGGACUGAUUUGUUUCCUCCUACACCCACUAACAUCUCUCCUGCUGCGCCAAAGAGCCGUCCUACAACUCCUCUGCCUGAAUCUGAACCACCUGCAUCCUCACCCUCAAACGAAGAGGACGAGGUGUCACAAGGAGCCUCUGAACUGAAGCAUAGGACUCCAAAAGAAGACCUGCUGGAGAUUGACCGGUUCACAAUCUGCGGUAACCGCAUCGACUGAGCACCAGCAGCUGCUGACGUAGCAGUGAACCACUCAGGAAGGACAGAGAGCAAAGACCUCUCAGUUCAGCUCUUGUGGCAAACGGCCUCAGAAAGCUGAGUAUUUAUUGAAGUCACUGGGAAUACAGUAAGUUAUUGUGAACAUGGACACAGUGUGAGAUGAUCCUGCUGUUGUUGAAGCCUGAAGUCAAGAGGUUUGACAAAGAAAACUUCAGCUGGCUUAAAACAGCAGGAGAGAGAAAGUGUAUGUGUGGCAGCCCAGUCCUCAGUGUGAACUGGUGUGUGUGUGGAGGUGUUGGCGUGGCUCAGUAUUUAGCGUGAGUGUGUGUGUGUGUGAGAGCAUAUGUGUGAGCACACAAGCACUUCCUGUGAGAGCAGAAGGAGCGAAGUUUCUCAGUUUGCUCAGGCAGACUUCCAAACUCUCACAUUAAAGGUUGCACCUGACUCGU